UGUUGGGUGGGCGACCUGGGACCUUCGCGGGGGGCUCUUUAGCCUUGGGUCCCCGAAGUAGGUGGAGAUACUGGUGCAGCUGCAGAUUCGGGACUGAGGGCCUGCGCGAGUGCUUGAUCGGGUAGUGCUCUUGUCCCAGGCCUGAGAAUGCCCGGGUUGGUGAAGACAGGCCAUAUGCAGGGAUGUGGGGAGAUCCUGAGAACCCCGCCUUCCCCUCCUCCAAUGCCAGGCCGGUUUAGUGCAGGCUCAGAGGACUGAAGCCCGGGUUGAUGGAGUACUCAACAGCAGAUUUGGAGGAGAGGGGCUCUGCCACUAUGCCUGUAUUUUGAGCAGGCGUUUGAGUAGGAAGCAUGGGGUGGGAGGUCAGAUUCUGGGCGAUUGGCUUGGGGACGCGAGGGGCGCCCUGGGUAGUGGAGAGACCAGGUUUGAGCUGCUGAUUCUUGCUCCAGAAGAGGCAGUGCUGCUUGAGCGAACCCUCUGAGGAUCAUUGAUGGGCUGCAGACUCCUAGGUUGAAGGAGGGACCAGGGCCGGGAGGUGGGUUCUGGGCAGACCGCUCCCUGCACGUGCUGGGGGUGUUUGAAUGGGAAGCAGGAAUUUGGACUGGUAAUCCUGGGAUAGCGCCAGGCGCUAGGGCAUUCAGGUUUGGUGGAGACUUUGGAUUGGAGGUGCAGAAUUGGCGUCCAGGAAGAAGAGAGCUGCAAUGAAAUUGACAGCUCUUUGGUAAGGAAGCAGGGUGCUGCGAGCAUGAUCUCAAAGUAGGCAUUCUCAAGACCUUUGCUCAGGGGCUGCUCUGCUUGCAGGCACGAGAAUGCCCAGGGACUGGGAGACAGAGUCUGGGCUGCAGAUUUGGACCUGGAGGGGGCUGUACUCUGGCAUUCAGGGGCUCACAUUUGGACUGGAGGAAGCAAAAGGGCCUGGUUCCCAUGGGAGCUGCUCGGUUGUGAGCUUGAGAACCCCCCAGAUAGUGAGUGCUCAAGUCCCGGGGCUGACUCUGGAAUUCUUUGCUCAAGCUACUGUUUGGGUGUUCUGAUAUUCUGGUGUGUGAGCAGGCAGUGGGGCAGGUGACCCUAGAAUCCUCCAGAGGCUUGUGGGUACUUGAGGUAUCUCGGGUAUUGAGGUAAAGAGUGGGAGAUGCAGCUUCUCAUCUCAGGAGCAGGGACUGCACAGUACUCUCGGGCUGGUGGAAGGCCCAGGUCCUGGGUGCAGAUUCUGGGAGUGAGCCUGCUCUGUGUUGUGCCAGCAGGAGGAGGGAACCUAGGUGGGCGGCCUGGGGCAGUCGCUGCUGGAGCUGCAGGUUCUGGUCUUGGGACACCUGGCAUUUGGGCAGAAUGGGGAGACAUGGGCAGUCCUAGGACCCUGGUACUGCCUGAGGAUGCCCAAGUGAGUGGAGGGAGCACCUGCAGAUUCGGGGCUGCAGAGGAUUAGGGCUGCUCCAUGUCCCCUUGUGCACACAUACAGGUAUUUGGAUGGGAAACAGGAGGCUGGAGGUGGGAAUUAGAGGGUACUGGGGUCUUUGUGCAGAGGGUGCAUUAAUCACAGCCUGGCGGUACCCAGGUUGGUGGGAAGACAGGAUCUUCCUAAGCAGCAGGUGCCCAGAAGGACAUUUGGGCAGGUGUGGCUCAAGUAGGGGCCUAUGGAUGUUGGUUGAGGAAAUGGUGUGUGUGCAAGUUCAGGACACAGCUGCAUUGUGAACCCACACUGUACUGUUGGAGUGAGAAUCCGGUGGGGUAAGGGGGUGUGGGUAAGAGGGAGAGGAUGGGGUAGGGUUGGUAAGAUGGUGUGUGGGCUCGGAUUUGCCAGGGGCUGUUCUAGUCUCACACCCAGAAAUAUUGAGCUGGCACAAAGACAGCCGAGGUCCACGUUCUGGGCCUCAGAGGGGGUGGCACGUGCUGGGGUUUGUCAGGAAGCUCCCAGGCCCAUGCCGGCUCUGUUGCUGAUUCAGGCCUGAGGAUACCCAUGUUGGUGGAGGGACCAGGUCUCAGCUACAUGUUCGGGGCUCAGGAGGGUUUGCGGCUGGGGAUCCAGCUGGUGCUGUUCUGGUAGGGGCCAGUAGACCGCAGAAUGGUGCAGCCAAGCUCCAUGAAUAUGCUUGGUUAUUUGAGCAGGAAGUGGGAGGCGAUUCAUGACAGGUUGCGAGAGGGGCAGGCCAGGUUAAUGGAGGGGUCGGAUCCUGGGAGGGUUGGGGCUGUGUCACGAGCUUCAUGCAUUCAGUCAGGGAGUGUGAUUCUGGGAGGUCAAUCCCAGAAGCCCAGCUCCUUGCCCAAGGAAGGGGUGCUGGUUUAGGGCUGCAGAUUGAGGUCAUGGUGGGGGAGGAGUGCACACUAGGGGGUCCUCAAUGUGCUGGGCAUUUGUGAGGAUUCCACAACCCAGUGGGGCAGGGAGUGACUGACGUGUACUGCAGAUUUUGGUGGUGGGCAGAAGGCUGUGUUUGGGCAUGACUUAUAGUUAGGGGGUCCAGAGGCCUGUGAUAGUAGUGGGGGCACCAGGUUGGAGCUGCAGAGUCUUGGGGACCCGAGGGGCGCCCUGGGUAGUGGAGAGGCACCAGGUUGGAGCUGCAGAGUCUUGGCCUGGGAGAGGGACUGAGGGACUCUAGGUGCAUGCACAGCUUUUCAGGUAGAAACCUCUAGAGGCAAGCUUGCCACGGGGAAUGCAUCCUGGAAGUGGAGACUAAUCCAAGGAGGGGGGCGCCACGGUGGACCUGCGCCAGGAUGGUCUUCUAAGGGCUUCUACCCUUGUGGCUCAGGACCCUCAGGCCUCUGCCUAUGCCUGGAGGAGAGCAUGGAAGAGCAGGAUGAGAAGCCCCCAGAGCCCCUGAAGACCUGUGCACAGGAAGGAGUGAACUUCAAAAUUGUGACUGUGGACUUCACUCAGAAGGAAGAGGGCACUUUGAACCCUAAUCAGAGGUGUGAUCCUAGAGAUGUGAUCCUAGAGAACCACAGGGACCUGGUCUCUUGGGACUUGGCAAUGGCACUUGGAAGAAGAGAAUCAACAUCAAAGCAGAACAUUUUUGAUGAUGAACCAUCCCGUGGAGUAAAGUUAGAAAGGUUGACAAGAGAUGAUCCUUGGUUAUCUUCAUGUGAAGAAGUUCAGGAUUGUAAGGGCCAGUUGGAAAAGCAACAGGAAAAACAAGAGAGACUUUUGAAAGAAAUGGCAUUUACUCACAGGAAAGCGAUUACUUAUGAGAGAGUCCAUAAAAGUGAUGAACUUGAGAAGAGUGGUCUGAAUUCCAGUCUUCUUUCACCCCAGAUGAUACCCAUAAGAAACCAUCUUCAUAAACAUGCCUCACAUGUUAAAAAAUUGCAUUAUAAUUCCAUUGUAAACACUCAUGAGAUGAUUAAUGACAGUGAGAAACUCUGUGAGAAUAAUGAAUGUGGAAACCCUCACCAGAACAUUCACCUUAUUCAGUUUACAAGAACUCAAACAGAAGAUAAAUCCUAUGGAUUUAGUGACAGUAUUCAAUCUUUUAGCCAUGAUGUACCCCUAAAUAUACAUCAGAAAAUACAUGCAAGAGGAAGAUCCUUAGAUUUUAAGGAAUGUGGGCAAGUUUUGAACCACAGUAUAUCCCGUAAUGAACAACAGAGAAUACCUGUUGAAGAGAGUCAAUAUAACUGUAGUCAAACCUCCCAGAGUUCAUCCCUUGCUCAAAACAUGAGAAACCAUUCUGAAGAGAAACCCUUUGAAUGUAAUCAGUGUGGGAAAUCCUUCAGCUGGAGCUCUCAUCUUGUUGCACAUCAGAGAACUCACACUGGGGAGAAACCUUAUGAAUGUAACGAGUGUGGGAAAUCCUUCAGCCGGAGUUCUCACCUUGUUUCUCACCAGAGAACUCAUACUGGAGAGAAACCUUACAGAUGUAAUCAGUGUGGGAAAUCUUUUAGCCAGAGCUAUGUUCUUGUGGUGCAUCAGAGAACUCAUACUGGAGAGAAGCCCUAUGAGUGCAAUCAGUGUGGGAAGUCCUUCAGGCAGAGCUACAAACUUAUUGCCCAUCAAAGAACUCACACCGGAGAGAAGCCCUAUGAAUGCAAUCAAUGUGGGAAAUCCUUUAUCCAGAGCUAUAAACUUAUUGCACAUCAAAGAAUUCAUACUGGAGAGAAGCCCUACGAGUGCAAUCAGUGUGGAAAGUCCUUUAGUCAGAGUUACAAACUUGUCGCCCAUCAGAGAACUCACACAGGAGAAAAACCCUUUGAAUGUAAUCAGUGUGGAAAAUCCUUCAGCUGGAGCUCUCAGCUUGUUGCACAUCAGAGAACUCAUACUGGAGAGAAACCCUAUGAAUGUAAUGAGUGUGGAAAAUCUUUCAACCGCAGUUCUCACCUUGUUAUGCAUCAGAGAACUCAUACUGGAGAAAAACCCUAUGAAUGUAACCAGUGUGGGAAGUCCUUUAGCCAGAGUUAUGUUCUUGUUGUGCAUCAGAGAACUCAUACUGGAGAAAAGCCCUAUGAGUGCAAUCAGUGUGGGAAGUCCUUCAGGCAGAGUUCAUGCCUUACUCAACAUCAAAGAACUCAUACUGGAGAAAAACCCUAUGAAUGUAAUCAGUGUGGGAAAACAUUCAGCUUGAGUGCUCGACUUAUUGUACAUCAAAGAACUCAUACUGGAGAAAAGCCCUUUACAUGUAAUCAGUGUGGGAAAGCUUUCAUUAAUAGUUCUAAACUUAUUAGGCAUCAGGCAACUCACACUGAGGAGAAACCCUAUGAGUGUAACUAGUUUGGAAAUCUUUCAGCCAGAGUAUAUUUCUUUUUUUUUUCUUUUCCUUUUUCUUGCAUUUCUUUCUCCUUCCUUCCUUCUUUCUUUUCUUUUCUUUCUUUUUUUUUUUCUUUCAAAUGUCAACCUUCUGUUAUUGUGUAUCUGGAAGUUCAUUCUGGAGAAGAAAGAAAAACAAUGAAUCACAUAUUUUACUGCAACAAUUUUGUAUUAAAAAAUCAAACUUGGCCCUUAUGACACAUUGCCACAUAACUAAUAAAUAUUGGCACUUUUCCUUGCAGAAAGCACUCUGACCUGAAUCUGAGGAAAUUACCAUUAAGUGGACAACUUACUGUGGAGUGAUUGCAAGUGAGGUAGACCUCUUUAACAAUAAAGAGUGAGAAUGCAAACACUGAUGGGCUUGUUGAGAAGAUUGGAAAAUUGCUAUAGUUAUUGGAACCUAGGCUGGAAAACGGUAUUUCAGUACCAUUUUAUGACAUGAUUUCCCCAGUAGGUACUUUGUAAUCUAUUUUAUUCAGCACUUUCUAUGUGAAAAUUUCAUAAAGAUUAGGAAAAUGGCUAUGAUUUGAAGUGAAAAAAAAAAAAAUGCAGGCCAAGAGUAUAGAACAGCAAUUUCCAGAACCAUUGUGAUACUUGUGUAUGGAUCAGAAUUGAAAGGGUUUCUGGGUGUAUCUAUUUGGUUUUUAGGUUUAUGCCUGGCUUUCUCUUUUGGAAUGUGUGCUGUUUUACUAUAGUAAGUAAUAUGAGAAGUAAAAACUAGUCAGAAACAAAAAGUAAACCAAAGAUUUCCAUCUUUGACCAUUUAGGAAAGACUAGGUUGCUAGAUAAAAGAGAUCCCUCAGGGUUCUGAAAUUUCCAUUUGGAUUAGUUUGAGUAGGUCACUCCUUCAGACUUGGAUUCCCAGGGAUUUUCCUCAUUGAAAAUAUUUCCCUGAGAAUGGGGAACUUGAAAUUUAGGCCAGAAGGGUUCUAUAUGAGGGACUGAGAAUAUGCAGGCUGUGUAGAGGGCAUAUUUUUUAUAUUUCCAAAGCAGUAUAAAGGAGCUCUAUUUUUAAGGGUCUGCCUUCCCCCCAUGUAGUCUUGUCUUUUUUUCCCCUCUGGAAUAUGUUUCCUAAUGUGAGAGUUUUCUGAAUGAGAGAGCAUUGUCAUGGCUAAGUGCUUAUCACCUAAAUUAAGCUUGCAAGAAUGAUUUUAGGUAAGAUUUGUAGCUAUUUGUUAGUUUCUAAGAUGUGGUUCAUAUGUCUUUCUGGCCUUUGCCCCUAAAUCAUAAAUUCUAAUCCUAUGGAUUAUCACGUACCUGAAACCUCUGAUCCUAGAGAGGUAAUAAAAAGUAAGCUGAGAGCUGAAAUGGGAGACCAGAGAACAGAGAUGAAUUCCCUGGAGGAAGAAAGAGAAACCCAAAGUGACAUCUGAUAGUGGUCACCCUCAGUAAAAUUCUGUCCCCAUGAGAUGACCCUAAGAGGAGCCAUCUCUCUGAGGAUUAAGCCAGAGUACAGCACACAUGGAAGUGAUCGAAUUUCUGGGGAACAGUUAUUGAUGGCUGAAAACUAGCUCCGCACAUACCCUGAGACCUCUUCAGUCAGUCGAUGAAUGCACAGAGGAAUAGCAGGGUUCUCCGUGCAUUGUCUUUUGGGGAGGAUAUAAAAUGGUGAAAAGUCCUAAUUUAGCAACGGGACCUGAAUAGGCUUCUUCUCCGCGCCCCCCCAAAUUAUAGAUAAAACCAAUACCAGUGGGGAGCCUGGGUGGCUCAGUCGUUAAGCAUCUGCCUUCGGCUCAGGUCAUGAUCCCAAGGUCCUGGGAUCAAGCCCCACAUCAGGCUCCCUGCUCAGUGGGAAGCCUGCGUCUCCCUCUCCCACUCCUCCUCCUUGUGUUCCCUCUCUCACUGUCUCUCUCUGUCAAAUUAAAUAAAAUCUUCAAAAGAAAACCCAACAAUACCAGUGCUAGGAUGAUUUUCAUUGGGCAUCUUGAAUCUUACUUUGAAGGCACGAAGCCAUGAUUGUACAAAUGAGUGUAAAGCCAACUGGGCGAAGAAUGAGGGCUCUGAAUAUUUUCAAGUUUGGGAACUGAUUUAUUGCAAAGUAAUCUCUUCAGUAAACAUUGAAAAUAUUUCAUUGAAAGUGAAAUUUUUAAAACUGCAAAAUUUUUGAAGUGUGUAUGUGUGUGUGUAUUUCUGGCCAGCUUGAAUAUGUAAGUCUGUGUGGACUACGUCAUAAGUAUUAUAUCAGUUUCUGAGUGGGGAUUAAGGAUUGCCAAGUGCAUUGAAAUAAGAUAGAUUCAAUUAGGGCGCCUGGGUGGCUCAGUUGGUUAAGCGACUGCCUUCGGCUCAGGUCAUGAUCCUUCAGUCCCUGGAUCAAGUCCCGCAUCGGGCUCCCUGCUCAGCAGGGAGUCUCCUUCUCCCUCUGACCCUCCCCCCUCUCAUGUGCUUGCUCUCUCUCAUUCUCUCUCUCUCAAAUAAAUAAAUAAAAUCUUUAAAAAAAAAAGAUUCAAUUAAUAAACAAAAAUGUUAAUUUAUAUUAUUUGCUCAAUAAUUUCCCUUGUAGGAAAAAUACUCUUAAAGAUAGUCGACCAAAAAUUAUCAUCAAUUUUUAUUGAUUAUUGAUUGAAAUUAUUAUCAAUAAUAAGUUUAAGGCAUGUGACAGCAUGCCAAAAUAUGUAAUUAAACUUCUGAACCUAAAAUUUAAGGUUAAAAAGGGGACUCAAUAGCUUGAUUUAAUUACAUAUGUCCCUUGCAUAAAAAUUUUUUGUCUGUGUAAAAUCCACAAAAAUAAAGCUGUACUUUGCCAUGGAAGAAUUUAUAGUGAUUUUACAAGCCAAAUUUCUUUCACCAUACUCCAGUAAAAUUAGAAAUAAAUGAAAAGUGACCAAAAUACCUAGAUGUUAGGAAAUACUCUCCUAGAACCAAUUUUUCACUUCCCCAGCGUUACUGAGAUACAGUUGACAUACUGCACUGUGUAAGUUUAGGGUACACAGCAUGACUUGAUUUACAUAUAUUGUGAAAUGAUUAUCACAGUUAACAUUCAUCAUCUCAUGUAGAGACAGAACCAUGGGGUUUUUUGUUUUCCCUCCUGAUGAGAACCCUUAAGAUUUACUCUCUAGCAACUUUGAAAUAUACCAUAUACCAGUGUUAACUAGUUAUGUGUCCUCUCACACUCCUGCUCGGCUUCUACUGCUUUUGUACUCUCCCCACCUCAUUUUGUGGUUUGAUGUUUCAGCUUACUUCUAGGCUGGAAAAGAUAAAUGUGUUUUUUGUUUUUUGUUUUUGAGAGCGAGAUUUCAGCUAGGAGAGGGGAGAUCCAGAUUUUUAAAUACUGUUUUCAGAUACACUUUUGUAUUUUUAAAUUUCAUUUGGAUUUUGCGCUCAAUCAGUAGCAUCUAUUCUGUGUGUCUUACUUAACAUACCUGACAAGACCAGUUAAAUUACCUAUGCCUUUAGAACUUUAUCCUGAAAAAUAAGUAUUUUUUUCCAGUUUGUUGACAGAGGUUGCCCCCGGACUGUUUGACUGUAGAAGACUCAACGGAUCACAUCAGUGAAUAACACAUUAUUCUUUACAAAUUGUAGCAACCUGGGUUCUUAGUUGGGAAGCACGUGCGCCAACGUUAGCCAGUUGAUUCAGAAAAAGGAGUUUAUUGAAAGGAUAUUAGGUGAGUCCAAGAAUUGGCAAGAAGCGGUAAGAUCAUGUUCAGGGAUUUAUAGAAACGAUUGCCAGACUUAUGCUGUGGAGCCCUAUGAGAGUUCCUUAACGUUCCCAAAGUUUCUUAAUUUUCUUAGUAUAUCUCUACAUUGAUUUAUUUUGAUUCCAAGUCUGAGGUGAGUGCCUAGGUCUGGUGGAUCCUAAGCUGUGCUACGUGGUAGUUUAAGAAUUCAGAGGCACUAGCCCUUGUAUUUCCUGGAGCUUGUAGUGGUAGGUGAACUUGACCUUCCACUCAUACUAAUUAAGUAGAGAAUCCGUCAUUUGUAGAAUUUUAUUCAUUUGCAAAGCAGCAGCAAGGAAAAUUUCCAGUAUAGCCCUCUCUUCUGCCUAACCCAUAAGUCAACAUUUUCUUCACCUUCUGUACUUUGAUUUAAAUAUGUAUAUAGAGCCUCCCCUGUAACAUAAUACAGCUAUCUCUCAAAAUCAAAGACAAAUCACUGUCUUCCCCAUGUAGGGAUAACACAGAGAUUCACAUCAUUACAUCCACUUCUAAGUCUGGGAUCUCUGGGUGAUGUCCAUUUGUUUUCUAGUGAAAAAAUUGUCAUGUAAAAAGAGUUCAGAUGCUGGGCAUGAGAAAGGGGGAGAGAUCAUAAAACCAGGUCAAAUUAGCAAGCUAAUAUUAAGUAACUUUGGUUGUUGCCAGUAAAGAUUCAAAAGCUCUUAAAACUUUUUUGUAAAACUAGGAACAAGUCAGUGACAGACAGUUUUUACUGCUUAGGUUAAUUUAAUCCUUACUUGGAUUAGCUUGAGGUGUAACAGAAUUAGUGAAUUUUAUAGAUUUUGCUGUAAAAAUAGUACUGUUCCCGGGCGCCUGGGUGGCUCAGUCGUUAAGCGUCUGCCUUCGGCUCAGGUCAUGAUUCCAGGGUCCUGGGAUCGAGCCCCGCAUCGGGCUCCCUGCUCAGCGGGAAGCCUGCUUCUCCCUCUCCCACUUCCCCUGCUUUAUAUUCCCUCUCUCGCUGUGUCUCUCUCUGUCAAAUAAAUAAAUAAAAUCUUUAAAAAAUACAUAUAUUAAAAAAAAAAAGUACUGUUCCAUUUAAAACAUCGAUUUUGGCAUUUGCCAAGCGGAUGUUCAUGUUGAAACAGUAAAGUUGGAUUUUCUGUCUUCUCGCCAAUGUGGUAUUGAUUUGUGGUCCACUGAGGAUGGUAUUUAGGUGGAAAUGGGUUAGUGAUUGAUAAACCUUUCUGUACUAAUAUCACCUGUCUGGACUCUUUAACAACUUUUAUGUUCUAUUGAAUGAAUGUUCAUUCUGAGGUCAUGACAGUCUUUGCGAUCAUUUCCUCAGUCCUUCAGGGAGCAUUCCUUGAAUUUAGAUGUUGGAUCAAGUUCUUGAAAUUUGGAUAUUUGCUUGGAUGUUGUUCCUUUUUCUUGCCCAGGUUCUACAAGUUCAUUCUCUGACCGUGUUUGUUCAGGUCUGGAUAGUUGAUACCUCUGCCUUUGGUUCAUUGCAGAUCAGACAGGUUCCUGAAUCUUCUGACCAUAAACUCUCCCUCUUGUUUUCUAUUUGGUUUGUCCACAUUUUUCUCCACCAUUACUCACUUUCUGAACCGACAAGGACCACGCUACUCCUAUGGGACAUUUUGUGGCAGGCUGGAACUUUCUAUGGGUGUAAGUACAUGAUUUUUCUGUACUUUUGAAAAACCUUAAGGACAGGCCAGUAACCUGUAUUUGCUAUUUUUUAAAUGGAAGUAUAAUUAACAUACAAUGUUACAUUAGUUUCAGGUGUAUAGCAUAUUGAUUAGACAAUUCUAUGCAUUAUUCAAUUCAAUGCUCAUCAUAAGUGUAGUCACCACCUGUCAUGAUACAAUGUAAAAUAGUAAUAAUAUGUGAUAUGAUCAUAAGUGGAAUGCGCUGAAAUUUUAGUAGCGGGGAUUAGGUUAAAAAAGAACCAAACCGGGGCGCCUGGGUGGCUCAGUCAUUAAGCAGCUGCCUUCGGCUCAGGUCAUGAUCCCGGGGUCCUGGGAUCGAGCCCCGCAUCGGGCUCCCUGCUCCGCGGGAGGCCUGCUUCUCCCUCUCCCCCUCCCCCUGCUUGUGUUCCCUCUCUCACUGUGUCUUUCUCUUCAAAUAAAAAAAAAAAAAAGAACCAAACCUGUAGAAAAGCCAAAGGAUAUUUUUCUGAUAAAAUACCAAAGCCGUUUAUUUGUAUUCUCUGAUAUUACUCUUCUCUACUAAUUGUAUCGGGAUUCCACCACUGAUACUAGGUGUACUCUCUGCUUUAGUAUUUAUGUUGCCCUGGGGUAGAGGGAGUUGAAAUCUCUUUUUGUAAUCUGGUGGAUAGAUUUUAGGUGUUGCUGAUAGCAUUUGUUAUCUCGACCUGUAUACAAUACAGCCAAUUCCAAGAUGUGCUCCCAAGAAGUUGGAUACCCAGUCACCACAGAUCCCCGUGUAGUGCAGCUUCCACCUGUGUAUGAGCAUCCAAUUAUGACUUCUCUGCCAAAAUGGGAAGAGGGGAUGACUACUGUGUGUGUGGGGGGGUAUUGUUUUCUGUUAUUCCUGGAUCAAAUCCAGUUGUAUUUUUUUAAUAAAAGGAAAACUAAAGUCUCUAGCUUUAAAUGAAGCUAAAAUUGUGGAUUUGUUUUCACGAGACAUUCAAAUUGGUCAGAAAACACUGAACUAGAAUACAAAUGUUUAAGUAGGAGAUGGAGACUAGGUUAAAACUGGCGUUAAAUUGGAAUCAGCAGCAUUAACACUAUGAAAGGCUGCACAGCUUCUUGGGUUACACAUUUAUCCCGUGGAACCAGCAAUCCUGCAGCAGUGAUGUAGAACAAGGACUCGGUGAGUAACUUAGCUUAAGGCAGAAAAAUAGAAAUGGGCUUGUAAUAUCUUGUGGAUAAUAGGUAAAAACAUGUUCAGAGACACUUUGGUGGUGUUACAGAGGCUAUAGGGACCCCUAACCCAAGUGGAAUGCCUACCAGCCAGGCAGGAACACCAAGCAUUGAGAAACCAUUAGUCACGGACCACUAGACCAAGGUAGGUCUAUAUGGGAGUGCCUAAGCAAGGCACUACCUUAGUCCGUUUAGGCUGGUGUAACAAAAAUACUGUAGACUGGAUGGUUUAAACAGUAAGAGGAAAGCACCAGCAGAUUCAGUGACUGGUGAGGACUCACUUCCUGGUUCACAGGCGGUCAUUUUCUUGCUGUGUUUUCAUAUGGCAGAAGGACAAGAGGGGUCUCUGGAAUCUCUUCUAUAAGGGCACUAAUCCCAUUUGUGGCGAAUUCACCCUCAUGAACUAAUCAUGGCCCAAAGGCUCCCAUCUCCUAAUACCAUCACAUUGGGGGUUAGGAUUUCAACCUUAGAAUUUGGGUGGUGGUGGUGGUGGGGAACAUAAACAUUCAGUCCAUGACAGGACCAAACUUAUAAUAGUCUUCACGAAAGAUGUUUUAUGUUGAUCAGUCCAAAUUUCCUGCAGGCAAGUGUUGGUCAACAUCAAAGUUUUGGACGAAUGAUAAAAAAGGCUUAAUGUAGGUCCAUACAGGAAACAGAACCUUCACUAGACUGAUGACCUGGAAACUGUUUGAUCUCACAUCUAAAAUUCCAGCUCAGGCCUCUCACUGACACUCAGAAGUUGGCAUUUUUAUUACUUGCCUCUCUGGUGGAUAGGCCCACGGGCUGUGUAAGAACAUAUAAAAACCAUUAAUAAAUGGGCCCAACCUCAGGUAUAUUUGGUCAUAUUUAUCACUGAAGGGACAAGAUUUUCAAAAAAUGGUUGGAAUUACUGGCAGUUCACCUUCAGCAAGAGCCCUUAUUUGCUCUUGGUUAAAGCUUAGGAAGAAAACAAGAAAAAAAGGUUUUAAUUAUUGGCCCAUCUCAUCACAUGGAGGUGGGGAGUGGGGAAGGCAAAGUGUGGAUUAAUCAUCCAGGAGAUAAGCUAUAAAGGGGAGAAAUACAAACGCCAACUCUAAAGUACACAUUAGAUAUAUGGACUUAGGAACCAAAUAUCUAAAUGGGAUUCCAGUUGAUAUUUCUCUUUCCAGAAUGGUUUCCUUAAUCCCCCUGCUUCUAACAGUUGCUCCCAUUGUUCAAGGUUGGAGGACCUCAUAUCACCCAGCCAGAUAUGCAAGAACCUGACUGAAAUAUGGGUUUACUUCCUCUCGAGGAAAACAGUACCCCAUCUACCACCCCUCUGGAACAAAUGAGACGAUAAUUGAUUUUCUACUACCCCAUCCUGGGUUGGAGCAUAUGUGGUUAGCAUCUCUUCCCAGUCAGCCAGCUGACUCUCGGUGUAAUUUUACUGGCAAAGUUUGCACCCUUUGAAUCCAGGUCACCACAGCAUUGAUAAAAACAUUUAAUUUUCCGAAAAGAUCCAUGUUAUUCCUGGGGAGGGGAAAAGACUGGGCAUUUUUAUAAAGAAUUGUAUCUGUUCAUCUAAAUAAAUCAGUAGGGCUAUUUGCAAUGCCUCCUAGAUCCACUGUAAUCACGAUGCUGAAACUUACUAAUGAAAGCAACUUAAAAAUGAAUCUCCCAUCUCAAGGUCUCCUUGCUCCAUAAUUUUUGUCCUUAAUAUCUACUGGGUAGAGUAAAUGAGGGCAUCUAGCCGACACCCCAGGAACUGGAGAGAAAAAUUACCCCCCCCUUUUUAAGAUUUUAUUUAUUUUUAGGAUUUUGUAUUUAAACUCACUUUAGUUAACAUAUAGUGUAUUAUUAGUUUCAGGGAUAGAAUUUAGUGAUUCAUCAGUGGCAUAUAACACCCAGUGCUCAUUACAUCACAUGCUCUCCUCAAUGCCCAUCACCCAGUUAUCCCAUCCCCCUACCUACCUCCCCUCCAGCAACCCUCAGGUUGUUUCCUAUAGUUAAGGGUCUCAUGGUUUGCCUCCCUCUCUGUUUUUAUCUUAUUUGUCUUAGAAAGAGAGCGUGGAUGCGGGCAAGCAGGGUGGGGAGAGGCACAGCGGGAGAGAGAGAGAGAAUCCUAAGCAGACUGCACUGAAUGCAGAGCCUGAUGUGAGGCUGGAUCUCAUGAUCCUGAGAUGAUGAGCUGAGCUAAAACAGAGUCAGUCCCUGAGCCACCCAGGCACUCCAAAAUCAGCCCUUUGAGGACCUUCAACAGGUGGGGCCAGAACCUGUCUUGUAUGAUCACCAAAGAUGACUCUCCAGCAAAGUUUUGCUUCAGAGAUGAGUCCAAAAGGCUUUUCUUGACACCAUUUUCUACAAUGAAAAUAUCACCUAUCCACCUUCCUCAAACACAUAUACACAUAUACACACACAAAACUGACUCAGUGAUAAGAUGUAUGAAAAUAAGGUUUAACCUCAUUUGUGAUAUCAAAUUAAAAAGAAGGGUUUUUUAAAAUUGUGUAGUCCAAUUCCAGAGAUGGAGGUACAGAAGGCGCGGUUUGGUAAGACCCACACUUCCAUUCAUGCUGCUAAAAGAACGGAAGAUGAGAAAGCCUUCCUAGAAAGUAAUCUAACAAUAUAAUCAAGAGCCACUCAGAUACUUAGAUCCUUUGCUCCAGUCAUUUCUCUUGACAAGGAUAAAUGCCCAUGGAGCAUCAAUACAAUGUAAUAAUGAAAAAUUGGUAAAGAAAAAAGGAAAUGUCAACAUUAGCAAAAUGGAUAGAAAAAUUUGGCUUAUCCGUGAUAGAAAUAUCAUGAAGACAUUUAAAAUGUUUUACAAAGGGAUGCUGGGUGCCUCAGUCAGUUCAGCAUCUGCUGUCAGCUCAGGUCAUGAUCCAGGGUCCUGGGAUCGAGUCCCACAUCAGGCUCCUUGCUCAGCUGGGAGCCUGCUUCUCCCUCUGCCUCUGCUUCUCCCUGCUUGUGUGCUCUCUCUCUCUCUCACACAAAUAAAUAAAGUCUUUAAAAUAAAAUUAGAUAAAAUGUUUUACAAAGAGUUUGUAAUGGAUUGUCUGACCAACAACUGACAUCGGAUCCUACAUGUCUAUGGGAUAAAAAUCUGUUACUCCGCUUAACAGAGAAACAAACAAAAAAUUUCCUCUGUGGAGCUGUUAUUUCCCCCUUGGCCAAAAAUUACCUUCUGCUCCUGGUAGAACAGGACCCAAAUGGCCUCGUGUCUGCCACAUUCAAUUAUAAUUCCCAGGUUUUAUCCCUAUCCCUGUUCUGCCACAUUCUCUGUGGUCUAGUAGCUUUAAUCAGAAGAGAACAUUCUCCUAGGAAGACGCAUCAGAAUGCCUGGAGAAAUCUUCAAAAUAUGCAACUCGGGAUUUGAAACCCACGUAUCACCUGACAUGAUCAGGCAGAGAUCGCAACCACUGCAAAGUAGACGUCUGAGUAGAGUAAGUAGACGCAGGGUUGCUGAAUUCUGAAAAUAAUGGUCUGGUCGGGAGCAGGGACACAAUCACAUAGCCCGGGGCUGUCUUUCACAAAUAUGCAGUAUAAUCUAUGAUUUUAAUCCCAAGUAUUUAAAUAAUCCCCCUGCACCCCCAAAUCACAGAAAAAUAUUGAAAGUUAGGAAAAGAUGAAGAUAUUGUCAUUAGUACUGGAAAACAUAAAAGAGGGUCAUGUUUUGAAAUGAACUUGGAUCAGUUUCUGCCACAUUGUAGAGAUGGAUCUGGGUUGAACAAAGUUCCAAGUCUGUCUGGCCCCCUGUGCCCUAUCUCCAGGAAGCACAAAGGGGGUAAAGAGAAACAGAUGCUCAGGGGGGAUAUUUUAACUGACCUCAUACUCGUUAUAUGUAUCAUGUAAAGGAAGGAAUUAUGUGGUUGACUAUUAGAGAUCCUGAUUUAACGUGUUGAAUGUUAUAUAAAAGUGAUGGACAUCUUUAUAAAUGCCUAUUGAUGUAAAAGGAAUCAUUUACUAAGCAAAAAGAAUGUUUCCAAUAUCUUUAAAAAGUUUCAUGGUUCAUAAGUUGGAUUUGACACAAUAAAUAAAGAUUAAAAAUAUCAGCUGUGAUCUAGGGUUAAAAGAAAUGAGAAAAUUCGGGGCGCCUGGGUGGCUCAGUCGUUGGGCAUCUGCCUUUGGUUCGGGUCAUGAUUCCAGGGUCCUGGGAUGGAGCCCCGCAUUGCGCUCCCUGCUCCGCAGGAAGCCUGCUUCUCCCUCUCCCACUCCCCCUGCUUGUGUUCCCUCUCUUGCUGUGUCUCUGUCAAAUAAAUAAAUAAAAUCUAAAAAAAAAAAAAAAAGAAAUGAGAAAA